UACCGAUGUUUUGAAAACAUCAAUGUUCCUCCACCUCCAAUCGUUAUUAAAAGGUUGUUUUAAAAUAGUCGCUUGUAUUAGUCGCUUGUAUAGCACUUAUUAAACUUCAAAUGGAUGCCAGUGUGGAGGAAAACGCUUCUCAUCAAACGGAACCAGAAUGUAAGUUGGCCAAAUCAGAGGAGGCCGAGAAGCCAUCAAAUAGCAUUGGCCUGUUGCCGGUUAUGAUUUUCCUGGCGGCCACGGUGACCACAGCGGUGAUGGUGGAACUCCUGCCCCAUGCCAGCAAGGUUUUUCCCUGGAGUUCCUCGGUUUCCACAGAAGACCAGCAGCAGCCACCGCCCACCUAUGCGAUCUUUGGGCGGAGUCCCACGGAGGAGCAUCUGGUGCAUGUGGUGAAAGUGCUGGAGAUGUUCGGCUACCAAAGAGUGGGCGUCAACGAGAGCUGGAACCUGCUGUGGGCCCACGACUAUCCUUUUCUCUCCCUCUCCAGCCUCAAGAAUCUUGGCCAGCAUCAGGUGGUUAAUCACUUACCGGGCUGCGGCUAUCUCACUAACAAGGUGGACCUGUGCACCACCCAGCUGCCAUUCCUGCCACGCGCCUUCCGCCUGCCAUCGCAGAGGGAGGAGUUCCUGGACUACGCCAGUGAUAAUCCGCAGGCUCUCUUCGUCCAGAAGCACAACGAACACCGGCACAUCAAGGUCCGAGCUCCCGCGGAUAUUGCAUUAGGGUCCAAUGAUUCCUUUGUCCAGGAGUUCGUCCAGAGACCCUUCCUGGUGGAUGGCCACAAGUUCGACAUCGGAGUUUAUGUGGUCAUCACCUCUGUGAAUCCCCUGCGAGCGUACAUCUACUCGGGCGACGUGCUGUUCCGAUACUGUCCGGUGAAAUACCAUCCCUUCGACGCCGAGAAUGUGGACAAGUACAUUGUGGGGGACGACUAUCUGCCCACCUGGGAGGUCCCUUCGCUGCGGAAGUACUACAAUCGCUUUGGUGGCAGCAUGCGCACCGUCUUUGAAGCAUAUGUUCGUGACCAGGGCAUGGAACCGGCCAAGAUUUGGCCUCAGGUGGAGCACAUAAUCCGCACCACGAUUGCGGCAAAGGAGAGGGACAUCGUCAAUAUUCUACGCUCGUACAAGACCCACAACUUUUUCGAUCUGAUGCGAUUUGAUCUGUUUAUUGACGAGGAUCUAAAGGUUUUCCUCAUGGAGGCCAACAUGUCUCCUAAUCUUUCUUCAGCCCAUUUCAAGCCGAAUUCGCUUUUGUACGAGCAAGUUCUGUACAGCGUUUUCAAUUUAGUGGGCAUUCGACCACUUACUGCAGCAAGUGGCACCAUGUUUGGCGAAAGCAGUGAGAUGAUCACGGCCGAUAAAAACUUGGCCACUGACCUGAACAAAUGCGCUGUCUACGACUGCGACAAGUCCUGCAACAGAGAGGAAUGCCAUCUUUGCUUGCAAUGCCUCAGUGGAUCGGAGUACAAGAUGCUACAGCAAGCUCAUGAGGAACACCUACAUCGCGUUGACAUGAAGCGCAUUAUUCCUCAACCAAUUCACGACCUAAAAAGUUUCCACAUUGUGGAGGAAACUGCUAAUAUGACGAAGAGAAACGCUUGGAUGACCCGCUGGUUCUAUAACAAAUGCCAAUUUGAUGCUGCCUGGUGCAAUUAGAUAAUUUGAAUGUAAACAUCCGCUGUGACUUAGUAACCUCAUAUGCUCAGCAUUGGUAAAUGGCCACCGAUUGUACUUAAUUCGACACUGAUAAAUGUUAAUGCCCAAUGGUAAAGAGUGCCUUGCAGUCAUAGGUAAUCAGUUUUAUUUACUAUUUAUAGAAUAUUAAUCUAGAGCUCGUUUUGCUCUUAGGUGCUUUAAAUUGACAGCUAAAAAAAUGUACAAACCAAGAAAACCGUCCCUAGAUGAAUUCGAUUCCUUAGCUCUAAAAUAACAUAAGCAAAAAUGGCUAUCCUUAACUUUAUA